AAGAAGUUAUUCGUAACUGAAGUUGGGAUAUCUUGUGAAAAUAAGGACAACUUUUGAAAAACGGACUAAGUGAAAGUCUGAAUAUUGAGGUUAAGACCUCACCAUUCCCUUUUCCCUGUUCUCAGAACGUGGCAGUCAGCUGUCUAUGCCCCAGACAGGAGAUUGGAGCAUUUCUCUCUGGGAUGAGCAGCCAGAAGACAAGGUUUACAGAUGCUAACUUCUGAGGAUUCCCUAAUAAAAAACCAACUCAUUGUCUCAUCACCUUGUAAUAAAGCCAGUUGACAAGCACCGCCCACUCACCCCCACCUCCCCAAGUGGACAGAGCUUCUGAUCAGCAUGUCAGCGGUGAUGCAUCAUCAGACACUUGCGGAAAGCCUCUGAAGUAAAAAACAGAGGCCUAAAGAUUUAAGGAGAAAAAAAUAAGGUACUAAGAAGAAAGAGAUAAAAAUAUUUAAAAUGUUAAAAAAAGAAAAAAGAAGACAUUUUAAAACUUUGUAUCCUUUGAGAAAUGAAAUAUUAUAUCCAAGAAGCUAGAAUAGGAUGCUAUUAAAGAGAACAUUCAGGACUUCCCUGGUGGCGCAGUGAUUAAGAAUCUGCCUGCCAAUGCAGGGGACACGGGUUCGAGCCCUGGUCCGGGAAGAUCCCACACGCCACGGAGCAACUAAGCCCGUGCACCACAACUACUGAGCCUGUGCUCUAGAGCCCGUGAGCCGCAACUGCUGAGCCUGCCCACCACAACUACCGAAGCCCACACGCCUAGAGCCCAUGCUCCGCAACAAGAGAAGCCACCACGAUGAGAAGCCUGCGUACCACAACGAACAGGAGCCCCCACUCGCUGCAACUAGAGAAAGCCUGCACGCAGAAACAAAGACCCAACACAGCCAAAAGUCUUAUAAUCAAUGGAUAAAGUGGGGAAAAUGUGGAAUAACUUCAAAUACAGGUGUCAGAAUCUCUUCAGUCAUGAGGGAGGAAGCCGUAGUGAAAAUGUGGAUAUGAACUCCAACAGAUGUUUGUCUGUCAACGACAAAAACAUCAGUAUAGGAGACUCAGCUCCUCAGCAACAAAGCAGUCCCUUAAGAGAAAAUGUUGCCUUACAACUGGGGUUAAGCCCUUCAAAGAAUUCUUCAAGGAGAAACCAAAACUGUGCCACUGAAAUUCCUCAGAUUGUUGAAAUAAGCAUUGAAAAGGAUAAUGACUCAUGUGUCACCCCAGGAACAAGACUUGCCAGAAGAGAUUCCUACUCUCGACAUGCUCCUUGGGGUGGGAAGAAGAAACAUUCCUGCUCUACAAAGACACAGAGUUCACUGGAUACUGAUAAAAAGUUUGGUAGAACUCGAAGUGGACUUCAAAGGAGAGAGAGGCGAUACGGUGUAAGCUCUGUGCACGACAUGGACAGCGUUUCCAGCAGAGCCGUAGGAAGUCGCUCUCUGAGACAGAGGUUGCAGGAUACUGUGGGCUUGUGUUUUCCCAUGAGAACUUACAACAAGCAGUCAAAGCCCCUCUUUUCUAAUAAAAGAAAAAUACACCUUUCUGAAUUAAUGCUUGAGAAAUGCCCUUUUCCUGCUGGCUCGGAUUUGGCCCAAAAAUGGCAUUUGAUUAAACAGCAUACAGCUCCUGUGAGCCCACAUUCAACAUUUUUUGAUACAUUUGAUCCAUCCUUGGUUUCUACAGAAGAUGAAGAAGAUAGGCUUCGAGAGAGAAGGCGGCUUAGUAUUGAGGAAGGGGUUGACCCCCCUCCCAACGCACAAAUACAUACGUUUGAAGCCACUGCACAGGUUAACCCAUUAUAUAAACUGGGACCAAAGUUAGCUCCUGGAAUGACUGAAAUAAAUGGGGACAGUUCUGCAAUUCCACAAGCUAAUUGUGACUCUGAAGAGGACACAACCACGCUGUGUUUGCAGUCACGGAGGCAGAAGCAACGUCAGGUAUCUGGAGACAGCCAUGCCCACGUUAGCAGACAGGGAGCUUGGAAAGUCCAUACACAGAUUGAUUACAUACACUGCCUCGUGCCGGAUUUGCUUCAGAUCACAGGUAAUCCCUGUUACUGGGGAGUGAUGGACCGUUACGAAGCAGAAGCCCUUCUGGAAGGGAAACCUGAAGGUACAUUUUUGCUCAGGGACUCUGCACAGGAGGACUACCUCUUCUCUGUGAGCUUCCGUCGCUACAACAGAUCCCUGCAUGCCCGAAUUGAACAGUGGAAUCACAACUUUAGUUUUGACGCUCACGACCCGUGUGUGUUUCACUCCUCCACUGUAACAGGACUUUUGGAACAUUACAAAGACCCCAGUUCUUGCAUGUUUUUUGAACCAUUGCUUACGAUAUCGCUAAAUAGGACUUUCCCUUUUAGCCUGCAGUACAUCUGCCGUGCAGUCAUCUGCAGAUGCACUACGUAUGAUGGAAUUGAUGGGCUCCCUUUACCGUCAAUGUUACAGGAUUUUUUAAAAGAGUAUCAUUAUAAACAAAAAGUUAGAGUUCGCUGGCUAGAACGAGAACCAGUCAAGGCAAAGUAAACCCUCCUGUCCCCAAAGGGCAUUAACUAGAUCUGCUUUUAUGUGCAUCGGGCAGUACACCUCUAGCAAGCACACGUAUCAGUGUUAGGUUUUUUUCAGUACAGUAUGUAAGCUUAGUGUUAGUAUUUGUCAGGUGCAAUCUGCUGUUACUUACUCAGAUAAACGUGGUGCCUAUUGAGACAACAGAGGAUACAGCUACAGGUGUUCAGUAAGGCUACAAAAACAUUCUGCCGACUUAGCUGACAGUUUGGUUUUUAAUGGCUGUAGUUAACUGAGUGAAGCAACUCUGGGGCAUUUGCUAUGAAGAAUUCUAUUUCUUACUGAAGAACAAAUUAUUAAUAUUGUAUGAGUAUUUCAACAGUGUGACUAAUGUUUGAAAUUAUUAUUUUUUCUAAGAAUUUUUCUAUAACCUUCCAAAAGUAGUGAUGUUUGUAGUUACUAUAAAUCAAGCUUUGGAAGUCCAAAAAAUAAAGACUGCCUUCCUUUUAGGAAAAAAAUGCAAUUUUCUGGCCACAAGGGCAUAGUGCAGUUCACUUAAGUGUUGAUAUAGUUUAUAGUCAGUCUCCUUUUCUCUUCUGCAAAAGGUACUGUUAAGUAAACCAGGUUUUCUAAAUAGUAGUUCUUAAAAUUUCAGACUUAUGAAAAGUUGGUAGUAGAAUUUAAGGCCUUAAGUAUUCAUUUUUUAAUGAGUGCUUUAACAUAACACAUUGGGAAUAGCUGCUGCAAAGUAGGCCUGCGUGUGAUUCUUUUAAGUUGACAUGUGCAGUCAAAUCGCUGAUUCAUUAAAGUUGGAUCUUUUUCUAUGCCCGUGAUGAGUUUGUGAACCAUGAAGAAAAUGAAACUAAAAGAUACCCAAACAAGUCAGAUAAUACUACAGUGGUUGCUGAUUGUUGAGAUUAUUGUUAAACUGUAAUUCAUAAUUUAGAUGGCAGUAUUUAUCUCUUUGUUGUAAACUCUCAUAGCUGAAUUGCUUAAGUACAAGUUAUAGAAUUUCAGUGCACUUAAUUUUUAAUGGAAAAUCUUAAACCUAAAUUGCUGAUUUGAAAGGUACUGUACAACCAUUGUAUCUGUAAAUAACUUUACUUAGCACCUUUUUGUCACUUAGAAUAGUAUGCAAUACUACUUGAGUGAGCUAUUUUGGAAGUAAUACCAAGUUCUAGUGUUUGCUUCUUAGCAUUGGACUGAAUUUACAGUUCCGUCCUGGACAUUUUGCACUAAAGUAGUCAAAUCCAUUCUUCUGUCUUUUGGUUAACGUGCUCUGUACCACUGGUGAGUGCUUAGUUUCCUUACCUGCUGCUACAGAAAGUUCUUUUACAUCCCAGUGGCUAUCGCCAAGGCCACAAAAAAGAAAAGCUAUAUUUGUAUGCAACACUAACCCUUUGACUGCUAAUGUAUGUUUCCGCUUGCUGUGCCUUGUUACGGCUGCUUUUUUGUGCUAAUAAAGUACGUUUGGUGUUCUCCUUGUA